AUGAUUGAUGCCUGUAGGCCUUGCACCUGUCAACAGGCGAUUGGGGGCUCUGGCCAACAAGCUAAAUGCGGAGGUAAAGAACUAACAGAGGUACCUUCUACUCUCCCCAACGACACUUGUAGAUUGACUCUAAGGGACAACACCAUAACAACAAUAGAAGCCUUCCGUGAUUUGACAAAGUUGGAGUUUCUGAAAUUACAUGAUAAUCCUUAUCACUGCGAUUGUGAGUUGAUUGGCCUGGUCGAUUUCCUAAAAUCUGGAAGUGUCAGUGUAUAUGAAAACCAAUGUUGCUUCACUCCUGCGAAAUUAAAUGGAACUGAGUUGGUCAGCCUAUCAGCUGCAAACUUGACCUGUUCCGAGAUGACAACUAUGGAAACCAAUUCUUCACCUUUGAAAGUAGGGGACUUUCUGGUUACGGCACAGUUGUUUUUAUAUUUGCUUGUUAAAACCUUGAUUUAG